UUUCAUUUGCAGAAUUGGCAGAGAGUUCAUCGGAAUUUGCAUUUGGUAAAAAAGAUGAUAAUUUCACGUGGUCAGGCGCAGGAGCCACCGUCUCUGGAAGCACAGCGAAAGAAGUUUCUCUGCCAGAGGUGGAGGUGAGGUCCGGUGAGGAGGAUGAGGAGAUCCUGUUCAAAGAAAGAGCCAAACUCUACCGCUGGGACCAUGAGUACAAUCAGUGGAAGGAGCGCGGCGUGGGAGACAUCAAGAUCCUCUUCCACCCUGUGAAGAAGCUCUACCGCCUGCUGAUGAAACGUGAGCAGGUGUUAAAAGUCUGCGCCAACCACGUCAUCAGCCAGAGCAUCGAGCUCAAGCCCAUGAACACCUCGCCUAAUGCGCUGGUGUGGACCGCCACAGACUACUCAGAGGGAGAUGGGAAAGUCGAGCAGCUGGCGGCCAAGUUCAAGACUCCAGAACUGGCGGAGUCCUUUAGACGAGCAUUGACCGACUGCCAGAGUCGCAUGUUGCAGGCUGACUCCGCUCAGAUGUCUUCCGCCGAGGCGCUGUCACGAGAGUCCAACCCUGUGGUGUUCUUCGACAUCACCAUAGAUAACAAGGAUGCUGGGAGAGUCGUCAUGGAGCUCUUCGCUCACAUCGUGCCCAGAACGGCGGAGAACUUCCGGGCUCUGUGUACGGGAGAGAAGGGCUUUGGUUACCGCCGGUCCAUCUUCCACAGGAUCAUCCCAGACUUCAUCUGUCAGGGUGGUGAUAUCACCAACCAGGAUGGGAUGGGAGGAAAAUCCAUCUACGGAGGGAAGUUUGAGGAUGAGAGCUUCGAGGUGAGGCACACGGUGCCGGGGCUGCUGUCCAUGGCCAACCGCGGCAGAGACACCAACAACUCGCAGUUCUUCAUCACCCUCAAGAAAGCAGAGCACUUGGACUUCAAGCACGUUGCCUUCGGAUUCGUCAAAGACGGCAUGGAUGUGGUGAGGAGAAUCGGAGAGCUGGGCGCUAAAGACGGGAAACCCACAAAAACCAUCACCAUCUCAGACUGUGGACAGAUUAUGUGA